AUGGAUCGUCUUCCUCAAGAGGUUGCACUUGAGAUACUAUCAAGGCUUCCACUCCUAAGCUUAGUUCAAUCCAAAUCUGUAUGUCGAGCCUGGCGUACCUUCAUACAAGAUCAACUGCUUCUCAAAAAGCAUUUCAAACACAUGGUUGAGAACGAUCCAAGCUUCAUUUUACAAAUCAUGGGUCAUUGCAUCCAAAACCAGCUUUAUUUUGGAGAUUUAUCGAGCGAUCCAAACGAUGAAAACGUGAUGGUGAUAGCAAAGAAGCUUACCAUACCACCGUUGCUAAGCUUCCAUUUGGUGAGUUCAUGUAAUGGAUUGCUAUUGUUGAGUGCCACUCACCCAAGCUUUGAACUCUGUAUUUAUAAUCCAUUUACCAGGGAUUAUGUAGAGUUACCGAAGCGUAGUCAUCAUGCUGGGGUGUUAGGAUUUGGCUUUGAUCCUACCACAAAGAAAUAUAAGGUUGUCGAGAUAUCAUAUAAAAGAACAACUCAUUUGUAUUUUCGUCGUCGUGUUGUUAGAUUUGGCAUGCGUCCAGCCUCUCAGACUGCAGCAUCUUCUGUUGAGGUUCAUAUUUUGACUAUUAGUAGCAACACAUGGAGAAAUUUGGGAAGCUUUCCUUUCCGUUUUGUGUGGCAAAAAUCUCAAGUUUUGGUCAAUGGGAAACUUCAUUGGAGAGCUACUACUAACCUUAUUAUGUCCUUUGACUUGGCUACUGAACAAUUCAAGGAGGUCCCUAGGCCUAAUUUCAUUGCUUCGAACAGGCGAAUUCAUGAGCUUGUUGUUCUACGAGGUUGCCUGUCGGCAGUUUCUUUUGAUGACGAUAAUGAAGAACUGGAGAUUUGGGUGAUGAAGGAGUAUGAUGUGAAGGAGUCUUGGGUCAAACAAUUUAGCAUUGGAGCUUACGUACCAAAGAUGUUACAGGCAAAUUGUCAGUGUCAUUCCUCGAAUGAUCCGAGGUUUCAUUCGCGUAAAGAAUGGAUCCAGGUUCUGUGCCUAUUGAAGAGUGGAGGGCUCUUACUGCAGUACAGAAAUAAAGCACUUGUUGUCUAUGAUCCACAUUGCAGGACGUUCCAAGAUGUCGAAGUUCCAUAUGAAGAAAUUCCGAGGUGUCUCACAACAGUAGUUCAUGUUGCAAGCCUCAAUUGGAUCGAUACCUAA